AUGAGUGCGUCGAUAGACAUUGAUGAAAUCGACGAUAUUGAGCUCAUGUCCGAGUUAACGAAGUCUCGAGGUUUAUCGUCAAGAGGGCUGCAGACGUUAGACCAGAUGAAACAGAGGGCCAAAAAGGCACUCGGAAUAUCAGAGAAGGUAAGAAUGAAACAUCUAUGGCUGCGUAUUGAUUCAAACUCAGGUUGCACUGACAUUGCCAUACUGUCACUGAAUUAUCAAGAACUGAUAGCCUUAAAUACCGGGCUUAUGGCAAUGAGAAAUGGUGAAGUUAUCGUCCGAAAUUAUCGACAAGCUGUCUUGUGGCCGGCAUUCCAUAUGUCUAGGUUAAAAAUUGGUUUAUUCACAGACACUGUACGUAACAGCGAACCAAAGGGAAACCAAUGAACACCAAUAACUUUAUUGGUUGUGGACUGAUUGUCAAACCAAACAUUUACUCCAGAUUUAAAGCUUCUUAAUUACACUGCUAGAGCUCCCUGUUCAACAUUUAUCAUUUCGUUAUUUCAUGCGUAUAUCACAAAACGAAAUCACCUUGGAUGGAAAAACCUGAUAAUCAGACUAGCACGGUUCAAUGGACAUAACCUAAAUUGUAUUCAGAGCUCGUGUCGAAGGAAGCGAAAAUGUUUAGUAUGUUAAGCUUGCAUUUUGUUUGUCAUCCUUCGUCAAAUUUGUAAAGAAGAAUUUCUUCAACGAGUUUCAGUCGGACCUGGGCUCAUACUCCAAUUUAGAGCUAUGAUGAUAGGCUGUUGACAAAUUUAUCACGACUCUCAUCCGCGCUAGUUAUCACUGUAUAUUGGAAAUUACAGCCCUACUCUUUCAAGUAAAUUCCUCUGAUAGUUUCCGCUUCUUUGAUGGGAAGAAUUUCAAUGUUUCGCUGGUGGAGGUUGAUAUUCUAUUAAAAACCAAUGGCCCAUCGAUAUCCUCUAACAUUCAAGUACUGAUGGGUGAUCUCGCUUGAUAAAGAUGACAGUUUCCUUUGUGUUGUCCUUUUCUGUUGUAAAGCAGAAUCUACUUUGUUUUAAAAUUUCAGUUCUGAGUGCAUUUUUAUGCGUAUGUUUACGUCGUAAAUUGUAGUUCAACUUGAAUAAUUAAUUCCAAGUCGAAGUAGAACUCAAAUCUAAACUCGAGUAUGUCAAUAAAGUCAAAACUUUAUUAAAAGUCCAAAGAAGAGAGAUAAUUCUAACGUUACAGCGUUUAAGGGGAAUUUACAACCGCUUAAUACAGGGUGACCACUUAAUACGGUACGGCUUAAUGAGCUUAAUAAAAAUAUUUCGCACGAACAUCUCGCAAGUCAUUUUCUGGUCAGCCUGUAUUCAACGGUUACCCCGCCAUUCUCCAUGGGCGACUGCUAAAUACAGGUCCGACUAUAGAAUGAAAUGUGCACACAAGGAAGAGUACCCGAGCCUACGCUAGCUUGAUCAGUCAACACGCCGAAAUGGGCUGAUUCCAAAGAAACCACCUCAUUGAAGUAAAUCCUGUCUAGUAUUGAGUGACCGACAUAGAUAAAUAGUAUAGCAAGUCUAGUAAGUUAUAUUGUCGUGUCGAUAUUUUUUUGCAAAGCGAUGUAAUCUAUCCAUGCUCCACUUAUCAGGCCUUUUCAACGUUGACAGAGGCCAGGGAAGAAGUCGAGAGAAGACAAACGCUCUUGCUAGAAUCAUGCGUGUGCACAGAGGCAUGUCUAAAUAGGAUGAGUGACGAGGACUACGCUCUUCUGGAGCUGGGAUUCAAAAAUCUCAAGAACCAAUUGGCCUACCACAAACAGAGAUUAGAGAGAGUGGAAUACGUAGUGCUAGUUUCAGGUUGGUUGCUGAAAAAAAUUCAGAAAGCUCAUAAUUACGUAGAGGUUGAAGCACGUGCGUGCGUCGUAACUUGAGUUUCCUGCCAGCUGCUCCAUUCGCUCUCAGGCAGAUUGUCCGCCACAGGACUACGCCAUUAACUUGCAAAGGAGUAGCAAGAGACGGGACGCAAGCUACUUGACGGCCACAACAGGUGUUGCACAGUUUCAUGUUAAUGUCUGCCAGACUUCACUUUUAAUUGCAAUAUAUUCUCCGUUUUAACUAUCCCUUCGUAUCCGUCAUGGCCAAUAUUUUGAAGUUAAUCGCGUUUAAUCUGUGGAAUGAAUUUCCUCGGCUCACUACGAAGUGUGACUCAUCGUGCAGUAAGUCGUGUGAAACUUAAUUUUUAUAUACACAUAAGAAACAGGGGCCUUGCACUAACGCAUGUUGACAGACGUCACGCAGCUUUUUUCAUACUCGUCUCCUCAUUCGUUGUAAGAGGUUUGCUCAACCCACCUGGCCAAGAGAGCAACUUUCAGACUGAUUCCACUGGGAAGUCAAAUCCUCCGCAUGUGGUCAUACCUUGUCAUGAGUUUUUGAGAAAUUUGCUUUUCUCGAGUGAUAAACGAUUUAUGUCGUAGGGCUACGACGCCGACGCUAUAAACUCGAAAGACAGAAACGCUGCACAUUAUUGUUGUUGUUUUGGUUGUUGUUGUUUUCUUGUUUCAAUUGAAUUAAUUCAUCUUGAUCCCAAAACAUCUUCUCUUUCAGAAAUGUAUAUACUGUGAUUUCUUAAACUAAUAAAAACUCAUGACGAACAUUUUUCAUCAUGUGUAUCAUCCCUUUUAUGUGCGAGAGAUAAGUCAAAGUGGCUGCCAUGUUUCCAGACUUUUCGCCUUAGUAAAGUAGUUUUUUUACUAUUUUGUCAUAAUAACGCUUCUAUUGUCUUUAGACGGACAGGGCUCAAGGCAGUUUCCCUUUAACGUCUAGAUUCUUGUCAUUCAUGGUCAUGAGAAAUUGACAAGUUAAAACCCAGUGAUUUUUCUCAACAGGUGAAAGAGAUUCGGAAAAAAGCACGUUGCUGAGUCUGAUUCUUGGGGAACAACUCCUCCCUGACUCCUUUCUUACCACUUCUUCCAUUAUCUGCGAACUAAGAUAUGGAAAAACCCCUGGGCUGGUAGUGCACUAUAAAGACGCAGAUCCUAAAACAGGCCUUUUCUCAAAGACUAUCCAACUUAGCGAGAUGGCUGUGAACUCUCAGCAAAUCUUUCUUCAAAAAAUCUCCUCAUUUUUCCAAAAUGAAGAUCUCCAAGGUUCAGUUUUUGAUAAGAUUGAGAUCUUUUGGCCAAACAACUUACUUAAGGUUGGUGAUUAGCAAGCUAAGGGCAUGAAUUGUAAAUUGUGAGCUGAGGGUUGCUAAAAGCUUCCAUCUAGCAAUAUUCUUGGCAAAUUAGGUCUUGCAAUAUAAUUUUGAUGAACGGAUUAGCUUUGACACCUAACAUAUAUCGUUUUCGUUCGCAAUCUAACCCUUUAGGAGCAUUGAUGUAGCUUGAUUUCUUGAUCAGAAAAACGUCUAUAAAUGUUUCAACAGCAACAAUUACAAAAAAUACUCAUUAAAAAAGAGUAAUUUAACCUGUUUUAAGAUUCACUUACUUCUCAUCGUUAUGUCUACUAGGAAAGAAUCGUUGUAGUUGACAGUCCAGGAUUUGAAAAAUCAUGCAUCGUGGAGGAGAAAGUAAAGGCGUACCUUUCUGAAGCUUUCGCAGUUCUCUGCGUUAUUGACAGUUCAGCACAGCAACAAAGGGUAAGCUGUAUGGACAAGUGGAGUUCACGCACCCGAACUGUUCCAUAGCAGGGAUUAUAAAUAUGUUUUAUUAUCAUUAUUAUGAUUAUUAUUAUAAGAAUUAUUAUAGUUACCGCGAAGGAAUUUUCAACUCCAUGUGCACGUUUGUCCUUAGAUGCAAGAAACAAUCAAACAAUGCAGAAGAUUAUGUCUUGACCAUCUGGAAACCUCCUCAAUUUUUCCUCUUUUCCUAUGUAACAAUUGGCACCAAUUAUCUCAACUCAGAGAAUAUUGGCCUGAAUUAGACCCAGAUUCCCAAACCACUUUCAUUUCAUCGCCUUACGCCACAAACGAUGACACAGCCGUCGCGGAGUUUGCGUCGCUGAUGGAUGCUGUUAAAUCCACCGCCUUGCAAAGCAAUAAAGAAACGCUGCAAAUGCAGUGGAGGUACGUUCUGUUAUGACUAUGGAGGAUCUUAAAAAGCUACGUGGGGUUAUUGUGGCCCCAAUUUACACCUUAAGUGAUGCACUAUUUUAAAUGCAUUCCUAUCUUAUUAAAAAGACCAAGUUAUGUUGCCCACUUGUUUUGAUUUAAUGAGGUUCACUCAUGUGCACAGUGAAAAUUAUAAUUUACACAUACGCAAAGGCAUAGAAAAUUGUGGGGUUUACUUCUCUAUGUGGCUACUACAAAGUGCUUUAUGGGGAAACUUUGGGUAAAAGCCGAAUUCCUUAACGCCUAGAUACGCUCAAAAUCGCCAUGAAUUUAGCAAUGAAUUUCUUCCUAGUUUGUUAUCAGACUUGUUUAUAUCUUGAAGUUUCGCCCACAUGGAAUGAUAAAGAAUAAGUUCAAUAAACAUUUUGGUGAAAAAUGAACUUGUAGUCUGUAUACUUUCAUCUCUCAUGAUCAGGUGGCUUGACUUAGCCAUUUCACGUAUGGCCUACCACAUGAAAAUGGUCAUGGAUCAUUGCCCUUCCACCGAUCGUAAAAUCGUCUCUUCACAUUUUGAACGCCUUCGUGACGUUGAGAUGCGCCUGUGCUCAAUUGAAUACGAGUUGCAAGAGUAUUUCAGAAAACUGGCAGACGACGCCGUUAGGGUACUGUCCAACCACCUCCAGUCUUGCGAAGUUAUGGAACAAUUUACCUCGUGGACGCUUGAUGAUAUUCCACACGCUGGAGAAAGUUGGGAGGUGACCGAACAUCUUAUCCAAGAUGCAUUUAUGAAGCGACUUCAGACCACGAUUACCGCGUGGGAAGAAAAAAACCAAAUUUUAUCCUACUCUUGCAGAUCUCUGGUCCAAUUGUCCCACCAGCGAUUUGAUAAAACUAACAGUCUACUACCUCUCCGAUACCCAAAAAACUCCGUCAUCACGGAUGCUGGUGCUAGUGGAUCACAUACUUGCCAGUCUUCAAAUGACUUCAGCGCGGCCCAAAAAGUUAUGAUCGGGCUGACAAGUCCAAUUUGGGUUCCAGUCGGCCUGGCAGUUUUAGUUGGCAGCGUCCCAUUCAUGGGUAUUAGGAGACUUAAAGAGAAAGUAACAAAUUGGAAACGUUCGAGAAAAUACGAAAAAGACAAACAGAGCUUUAUCGUGCAAGCCUCCCGUGAAUACCUUCGCAGUGUGGCUCAAGAGCAACAGCUUUGGUUGUUCGUGGAGAAGGAGCUCCAAGAUGUUAAGGUUUACCUAACGAAAGUAUCAUCUUGUUUGCGCGAGCUCAUAGUCGCUGACAAAAUACUAUGCCAGCAGCUCAGAGAUGAGAUUCGCUCUGAGAAGGAAAUAAAAGAAUUAUAUGGCCCUUUAGAAGAGAUGAGUGUUAGAGAAAAGGAAAAGAUGGCCCUCUUUUUCAUUAAAGAAUUACAGAGAAUGGAAUUAAGUCGUAAUGACUUGGAGUGGGAUCGAGACGAUCCAACUUCACUUCUCGGAAAUGGAGAAUUCGCUUCAGUUUAUCGAGGAACAUUCAGGUUAGCUGGACAGAGCGAACCAACACAGGUGGCUGUGAAAUUAUGGAGUGAAGAACUAAACGAAUCCACCGCGAUUGGCUUCCUUUCUAAGACAGAAACACUGAGGUUAGUUACUCUGAGUAUCGAAUGAAAAUUCUGAUAUAGCUGCAGUUAAUACAUAAAAGAGGGCUGUCUAAAAAAUAAUUUAAUGGGAUUUGACAACUAUAGAAAAUUAGAUACUUUAGUUUGAUCGGUAUGAUAACAUAGCAGUUGAAAAACGCCGAAAUAUUCGGGUGCUUUGAGAUCCUAUCGAUUUUGAAUAAAGGUCAAUGCAGUUAUAUCUUUUGUAGGAAGCUUGGCUCUCCCUUUAUUGUCAAGUUCUUUGGGACAGCAUUACUGAAGGAAGACGAUCGAUUGCGGGUGAUCCAUAUUUUGGAAUUUUGCGAGGAAAACUUGAUGAAUCAUAUUUUUCAGAAUCCUGAAAAUAUUCCUGGAUCUUCUGAAAAAACCUCCACUAAGAAAAAUGUACUGUGCUGGGCAAAGGACAUAGCUGCUGCCAUAGAGUUCAUGCACAACCAGGGCAUUGUUCACCGCAGACUCAAGCUGGAGAAAAUUUUGGUGAGUUUCAAAUAAGUCUGAAUUUAAUUCCUACAGUUGCUUCGAUUUGAGUCUGCUUGUGAGGGUCAGUUCAUCAUGAAUUAUCUAAUACGUCAGUCAAAUAAUUAAGACUUACAAAUUAAAUGUAAUUGUUGUUAAAUUCCGCUUAAGUACUCUUUAAUCAACAGUUCGCGGUAUCGAGUGACGAACUGCGAGUGCUUCCAGUCAAUUUUGCAGAAGAGACCUUGUAGCUCCUAAAAGGCCCGAAAAUAUUUUUAUGUUUAUAACAACUUUGCUCAUUAUUUACCUCUUUUCAUAGCUUUCAGAAAGAAAUGUCGUUAAGGUCUCUGGUUUUCGCCUUUCUGAAGAGACUAAGACAAUGGAAACCGAUGUCUAUCUUGCCUCCGAAGUGAUCUUUUGCGAAGAGUACGAUAACAAGCUUAAGGCUGACAUAUACAGCUUUGGUAUAAUGCUUUGGGAGAUGUGGUAUGGUAAGAGAGCCCUCCUUGAAAAAGCGGAACAUGUGUCGGACCAAGAGGGUGCAAGACCUUCAUAUGUACAAGACGCGAUCAAGCCUCCAACUGGCUGGCAAGAUCUAAUGCAGCGUUGCUGGGAUGGAAAACCCCACAAUCGACCAGAUGCGGCAGAGUGUCGCAAGCUGUUGACUGUGCUCUCCCAGGAAGUUUAUGCACCACCUCUAUGAACACUGGUUAAUAUUAGGGCAGCCAUCUUGAGCGUAUUUCAUAUUUAAAGGUAGAAUUACUGAUAACAAAUUAGUUCUGAUUACUGUAGUUAAUAGCAAAGAGUGAAAUACAAGGAAACAUACAUCAUGAUAGAAUACAGUACGUGGUAGACUGUUGCCAGGUAAGAAACCAUAUGUAUAGGUAACAGAAAAUUAUUUUCCAUAAAAGCUGAAGAAAGUGUUUUCUGGAUGAAGGUAAAUCUGUGUUUGAAUACCUUCCUUAUGAUAUAUCAUUUUUGCAUCGAAAAAGGCAAGAGCAGGGUUUUUUUUUGUCAUCGCACGGUUUGUACCAUAGUCUCACACUCAGAAAAAAAGGAAAAAAACGUAAAAAAAGAAACAAUUUAUUUUCACCUCGGCACUCUAACUUUUCUUACCAAUAUAAACGCCUACAGUAUCGUUCUCAACAUGCACAGCUAUCGGUGAUGUUUAUGUCUGGAUCACAGUAUUGAUUACAUUAUUACUACAGGUUUGUUUACGUAAGGAACUCGAGAGAAAGAGUUAUUUCAGCACUUUGAAAUCUAGAGACAGUAGUAUUCAAAGGUUCAAAUUGUGUGAGUAGAAAACCGCCUAGAGACCUUAGGAGCCUAGUUUCAAAACUGAGACGUGCAAAUUUGCAUACGAAAAUGUUUGGUCUGUAUAUUGGUAAACUGAAACAUUUAUGAUGAACUCUUUAAAAUAAAGGCCUAAUCAAUAUCUCCAACACC